AACAGUUUUCAUAUGGAACAGAAUCAUUGGAAACCGAAAGAAAAACAAAAACAAACAAUUAUGUUGAUAAUCAGUUGAUUGUCUUUUUUUGAUCAACAAUUAAACUCGUUGCAAAAUGUUAACUAUUGUUGUCAAUUGUUUCCUUUUAAAUUUUGUUCACUGACAACAAUUAACUUUGAUUGUUAAUCAAUUUUCUAACAUGUUACUUUUUUCCCCGAAUGUUAUUUGCUGAUUUGCUUUUUUUCGUUGAUUGUGAUUUCUGUUAAUUGUGAUAGUUAAUUGAAUUAACUUACUAAUUGUGAUUAUUUCAUUUUCUUUUCUAGUGCCUAAUUAUUAUUCUAAAUUUUUAAUCAGUGUAAUUAACUUAUUGUGAUAUUAAUUGGAGAUCAUCGUAAUUGAUUAGUUUUAUUGGUUAUUUUCUUUUUAAUUGUUAUCGUAUUCAUUUCUAUUAAUGAUGCUACAAUUAAAAGUUAAUUUGUGUUUACAGUUAAAGUGAAUGUGAAUCGAUCUAAACAAUUAUGUUUAAAUUGUGACUUGUAUUCAAUUCAAUUGGAUUAAUUUGAUGUUCCAAUCAUAUUUUUCUCCAGUUAAUUGUGAACAUUUUUUUGUGCUUUUCAAUUUGAAUCAUUGAGCAAUUUGAGUUAAUUAUUAAUAAGUUUUUCCAAUGGAUUGUAAUUGACAAUUCUCUGAUAUGAGAGAUUAAAUUUUGAAUCAGAAUUAAUUGUAAUUCUAUCAGAAAAAAAUGUCAUAUGCUCUUAGAGCUGGAACCAGUGAUAGAUCAACUGAUUUAGCAGCGGAUCCAGGGUCAGUUGGUGUUGGUCAAACAUCAAUCGGACUUUCAAUCGAGGCCGGUUUUCAAUCGGCUCAUCAUUCACCUCUUCACAAUGGACUGGCCACCGGAGUUUAUCAUCGUCCAUCCCGAUCCAUAGGAGGACCAAUGGUCAACAAUUGUUUCAACAUUAAUCCGAAACAGUCAAAAUCCAUAUUACCAACAUCAACACCGAUCGUAAAUGGUUCAACAACAAUCGGUUUAAUUAGUCCAGAAUCUUCAUCGGUGAUCAAAUCUCGAGCACUUAAUCGUCGAGUUUUAUUAAAUGUCGGUGGUAUUAAGCACGAAGUGUUAUGGAGAACCUUGGAGCGGCUUCCACAUACUCGAUUAGGUCGACUUCGUGAGUGUACAAACCACGAAUCCAUCAUGGAGCUUUGUGACGAUUAUAACCUAAUCGAUAAUGAAUAUUUCUUUGAUCGACAUCCUCGUUCUUUCUCAGCUGUUCUUAACUUCUAUCGAACCGGUAAACUGCAUCUCAUCGAAGAAAUGUGUGUCAUGGCCUUUAGCGAGGAUCUCGAUUAUUGGGGUGUUGAUGAACUUUAUUUGGAAUCAUGUUGUCAGUAUAAAUAUCACCAAAGAAAGGAACAUGUUUAUGAAGAGAUGAGGAAAGAAGCUGAAUCUCUGAGGCAAAGAGAUGAGGAACAUUUUGGAAAUGGUAAAUUAGCUAAAUAUCAAAAAUUCUUCUGGGACAUUAUGGAGAAACCGCAAUCAUCCAUUAGUUCAAGGGUUGUCGCCAUUGUCUCAAUUUUGUUCAUAGUUUUGUCGACAAUUGCGUUGACAUUAAACACGAUUCCUUCCUUACAAGAACGUGAUUCGAGUAAUAAACCAAGCGGAGAGAACAGUCGACUAGCCGUUAUUGAGGCCAUUUGUAUCGCCUGGUUCACCCUCGAAUAUGCCUUGAGAUUUAUCUGUUCACCUAAUAAGUGGAAAUUUUUUAAAUCUUAUUUAAAUAUAAUUGAUCUUCUUGCAAUCCUCCCUUUCUAUGUAAGCCUUGUGAUCGAACGGAACAACCAUUCGGAAGACUUUGCUGAUGUCCGUCGUUUGGUACAAAUUUUUCGAAUCAUGAGAAUUCUUCGUAUAUUGAAACUCGCUCGUCACUCCACUGGCCUUCAAUCACUUGGAUUCACUCUUCGAAAUUCCUACAAAGAGUUGGGUCUUCUGAUGCUUUUCCUCGCCAUUGGAAUAAUGAUCUUCUCAUCGUUAGUUUAUUUUGCCGAAAAAGAUACAAAUGAAGCUUUCACCUCAAUCCCGGAGGCCUUUUGGUGGGCAUCGAUUACCAUGACAACCGUAGGUUAUGGUGACAUUUAUCCAGUCACCACAGCGGGUAAAAUUGUCGGUGGGGUUUGUUGUAUUUGUGGUGUUCUUGUUGUUGCUCUACCCAUUCCCAUUAUUGUGAACAAUUUUGCCGAGUUUUAUAAGAAUCAAAUGAGAAGAGAAAAAGCUUUGAAACGUAAGGAAGCUCUCGAAAGGGCCAAACGGGAAGGGUCAAUUGUCGCUUUUCCCCAUGUCAAUUUACGUGAUGCCUUCGCUAAAUCAAUGGACAUUAUUGAUGUUCUCGUUGAAUCUGGACAGACACAAACGCAACAGGACACUGCAAGUAUCGGAGGUGAUUCGAUUAGAUUUACAUCGACUGGCGUUGGUUGUUUUCGCAGUUAUGACCAUACGAUGUCGAGUGGUCAUCAAGCUCAAUUAAAUCGUGACAAGUUGCGUCUCUCUCAUCAGUACCACCAACAAGUCCAAGUCCAAAGUGAGAAAGUGAACCAGAAUCCGAAUUCAAAUGUCAAUCAGAUUCGGGAAACUGGUGAUCGUAACUUAAUGGACCUCGAACCAGCACCUCGAUCUGCCAAUACGAAUCACAAUGUCAAUGAUAAUGUAAUCACUUCGAGUAUCAAUAAUAAUAAUAAUGCUUGUGACAAAUUCAUGACUAGUGAUUCAAUGGAUGGUGUCAUUGGGCUGGUUGGACCUUCAUCUUCAUCAUCAUGUUUACCAAAAGCCUUAUCAAUCAUGCAACCGGAAACAAGUUCUGGUGCUCAAUCAUCAUCAGCUGAAAGAAUCAAGGAUUUUCUUGAAGAGAUUGAACAAUCUUUAAAUUGUGAUGGUGCUCACAGUGAAUUAAGAUCAGCUGAUGGAAUCAAUAGACUGUCCCAAUCAAUCAUAUUAAAUAGAUUCAAUCAACCGAAUAAUAUUUAUUCUGAUAUAAUUAACAGAGAUUCAGAUUCAUCAGAAGUCGCAUCAAUGGAAUCAUGUAAUACUUAUUCCAGUUGCUUCUCGACUUUCAAUUCUUCCUUAUUGGACAUUCCAACAGCCGAUAUUGUUAAUUUAAUUAAUCAACAACAAAAUGUUCCAUUAACAUCAUCAACAGUAAUUACCUCAGGAUCUAAUCAACAACCUAAAUUAAUGAGCAAAAUUGUCGCCGAAUUGAAUCAACAGCAAAUAUCAUCUUCAUCGCCAUCCAAUAAUCCGACACCAAGUUCAACGCCAGUGCCUCAUCAAAUUGAAUCAAGUCAAUCAACAAUUACUCAACAAUUGACUAAUGAUAAUAACGGUGAGGAUCCGUCAACAAUUAAUAAUAAUGAAAUUGAUUCUAAAAAUGGUGAAACAAAUCAAGUUAAUCCAAUUCUAACUACUGAUGAUCAAGCUCCACUUCUUGCUCAAAAUGUUUAUAUUAAUCCUUUGUACAAAUCAGACGUGUUGUAACAUCUAAAUUGCGGACAAUUAACAAAUUGGAACAACAAAGAGAGAUAAUUAUUAAUUACCAUCCAUCUUUCGUUAAUCACGAUAAUAUUGAUGAAACUAAUUCGCUCUCGAUUAAUAUUGAUACUUGCCCAUCAAUCUAGAGUAAUGGGUUAGCUUUAAUUUUGUCUCAUUUCGAACCAAAUUAACUUUGAUUCAGUUUGAAAGCUUCUGGCUCUUUAAUUAUCAAAUUGUUGUUCUACAAUAAUGUUAAUAGUUUUUUCCUCGGUUUUUACAAUACUGUAUAAUUAACUAAUUAAUAAAUCUCUUUGUACUCGA